AUGGGAUACUCAGAUUUACCAUUUGAAAUCCUUAAUCAAGUUUCUGAUUAUCUAUCGACAAAUGACAAACGCUCUUGUUCACUGACAUGCAAGGGAUGGAGAUACCCAUUCCAAAAUGCUCUGUGGAGAUAUAUACAUAUCAAUUCGUACCGUGGCGUCCAAAAACUUAUCGACAGUAUUAAAAACCAUCAGAUCGUUUCCACAACUUACGGUCUUUCGUACCUGCCAAACUUGAAGCGUCUAGAUCUAGAACGCAUAAGCUAUAAACGCAUCUAUACGGACAUAACAGGCUCGGACAAAAUAUGGACGUCUCUGGAAACCCUGAAAAUACAAUGCAUGCACAACAACCUGAAAAACCUAUCGUCUAUCUCGGUUCGCAUAAAUCCGGAUUAUGACUUUUUGCCCACACUGGACACGAUCCCAAAUAUGGCACCGGUUUCUUUUGUGACAUCUCUAAAUAUAAAUUGGGACCAACACAGCAACGGGAGUAGACGUCGGAAUAACUGGGAUCCGUUGUGGCUAUACUAUUUUGGCUACAAAUAUCCAAACUUGCGUUCCUUAAGGUUAAAUGCUAUGACCAUAUGGCCGAGAAGGUUAAUCAUUGACAAGAACGAAACAAUGCUAUCUCUUUUUAAAUACAAUCCAAACGCGUUUCAACACUUGGAAACAUUCGUUCUCACACACGACAAACAUUUUGCAAUUUCUUUCUUCGCUUUAUUGAAAGUAUUUCGUGAAUUAAGAUACCCUCUUAGGCAUUUGACGUUGGGUGCAACACAAUUAGGAGAUAUACACGCUUCAUUCUCAAUAGACAUUAACAGAAUUUUACAAUUCUUUUCUGAAACACUCCAGAGUUUUUCAAUUAAAGAUUUUAAAUAUAUUUUUGGAGACCAAGAUCAGACUUUCAAACUAUCAUCUUACCACUUGCUUUUGACGAACCUUUGUAUCAGUAGCAUCGACCUGGUUUUUGAUGUAGGCAAUAUAUUGGACAGAUGUGUGACUCUCAAAGAAUUAGAACUUUGUGGUAAAGAAUUGCUCAUUAUUCCAAACACGACAGCCGAGAAUUUAAAACAGCAGCAGCACAGAUUGCGGACUCUGACAUUAGGAGGCUCUGUAGCCUCUGAAGUAUUCAAUUACCUCUCGCUCAGAACCGGGUGUUUGCUACUCAAUAUGCCACAUACCUUCCUGAAGACCCUGAAUAUCGGCCAGCUUCGAUACGGUCCAUCAUAUGAAGAAACAAAUUUAUACGAUCAUAGUCGUCUGACGCUUCUGUCUCAAUUAAACGACGUUUCAUUAACAGACGAAAAGAUCAAAAGAAGUGGAGCCGAUCUCGCAUUUAGAUACUAUCGAACAUUUCAAUCUAAAAAAUCCCUCGAAAAUAUAAAACAGCAAUGCUUGUACGAUGAAGAGAUCGGCUAUAUGGACUGGGAAUUCGAGCUUCACAAAGGAUAUGGCCAAUUCAGAUUUGGCAAAAUUGAAUCUAUUCAUGUUAUAUGCCCAGCAUAUGGAAUCCAAAUUCAAAAAAAAGGGUAUGAGCCAAGCCCUUUUUAA